UGGGAACGUCUGUGGGUUGCCGCUGUGUUGCCGCUGGAGUAAAAAAAAAAAAUUGUUUGACAGGGAGGUGAGGCGACCUGUGCACAGGGAUUGAAGAGAGAAGUUAGUUUUUAGUGUGUCUCUGGCAGUUUGUGAGUCAAUGAGGAGGCAGACUCGAGAGCUACACAUGAUGUGUACGAGUCUAAGCAACAGGGCACAGAGAGAAAUGUCAGGGACUGUUUCAGCCUUCAGCAAAAGGAAGCGCGACUAGUACACCGCAACGCGGAAAAUAUUCAGGGGGAGAGAAUGCGAAUGGUGCGAAGAUACCGAAAUCAAACAAAAUGGAAACGAUGUAGCGUCGCUGCGGCAUUUCAUAUAGCUAGAACUAACGUUAGAGUAGAAGAUAGAUAGCUAAGGAGCUAGCAGGUUAACUAACAUACAUGUAAAGUUAUUCCCCGGAGAAGCUGAAACAAGAGCCCGGAGGCGUCUGUUGAAUCAGAAGAGUUCAUCAGUGUUGCGAUAUCACAGAAGAUCAACAGAAGAAGAUGCUACGGAGAAGACUGAACCGUUUGCUUGGCGGCGAUGAAAGAAGAGUAGACAGUAGGACUAUCAAUGUUGGUCAUCGGUCAUCCUCCAACAAUGAGGCUUUCAUCCCACCCAAGUUCUGUGAUAACAGGAUUGUGUCCUCCAAGUAUACAGUUUGGAACUUUCUACCAAAGAACCUGUUUGAACAGUUUAGAAGAAUUGCCAAUUUCUACUUCCUUAUCAUCUUCCUGGUGCAGGUGAUAGUGGACACCCCUACCAGCCCAGUCACCAGUGGCCUACCAUUAUUUUUUGUGAUUACAGUAACCGCUAUCAAGCAGGGCUAUGAGGACUGGUUACGGCACAAGGCUGACAAUGAGGUGAAUAAGUACCCAGUGACAGUGCUAGAGCAAGGCCGGAGGAUACGGAAGGAGAGUGAGAAGAUCAAGGUGGGAGAUGUCGUGGAGGUGGAUGAAGACGAGACCUUUCCCUGUGAUUUAAUACUGCUGCAGUCCUGCCGAGAUGACGACACAUGUUUCGUUACCACAGCAAGUCUGGAUGGAGAGUCCAACCAUAAAACACACUACACAGUGCCAGACACGGAGAAGGACCUGGAAUCUCUCAACGCCACCAUCGAGUGUGAACAGCCACAGCCUGACCUUUACAAGUUUGUCGGCCGUAUGCACAUCUACAAAACCGAUCAGGAUCCCGCAGUGAGGUCUUUGGGCCCAGAAAACCUCCUCCUGAAAGGGUCGACUUUAAAAAACACUCAGAAAAUAUGUGGUGUUGCAGUUUAUACUGGCAUGGAGACAAAGAUGGCUCUCAACUACCAGGGCAAGUCUCAGAAACGCUCUGCUGUGGAGAAGUCUAUCAAUGCCUUCCUUCUGGUUUACCUUUGCAUAUUGGUGAGCAAGGCCCUAGUGUGCACUACACUUAAGUAUGUGUGGCAGAGCAAGCCCGGACAGGAUGAGCCUUGGUACAACGAGAAAACCCAGAGAGAGAAAGACACCAAUCUGUAUCUGAAGAUGUUCACUGACUUCCUCUCCUUCAUGGUGCUCUUCAACUUCAUCAUUCCGGUGUCAAUGUAUGUGACAGUUGAGAUGCAAAAGUUUUUGGGAUCCUUUUUCAUCACAUGGGACAAGGACUUCUUUGACCCUGAAAUAAAGGAGGGGGCACUGGUCAACACUUCAGACCUCAAUGAGGAGCUGGGACAGGUGGAGUAUGUCUUCACAGACAAGACGGGCACCCUCACUCAGAACAACAUGGAGUUCAUAGAGUGCUGCAUCGAUGGCUUCCAGUACAAGUACCGGGACGCAGGCUCAGAGUUGGACGGAUUCUGUGUCCCAGAUGGACCUGUAAACAAAGUGCAGCACAAAGCUGGCAAGGAGAGGGAAGAGCUGUUUCUGCGUGCCCUGUGUCUGUGCCACACAGUCCAGGUGAAGGAGUCUACAGAGCAGGGUCAAGUCCAAGGGGACGGACUGAUAAACCAGGUGGAUGGCGUAGGGGUGGAUGGAGAAGUGCUCCGACCACUGCAGGAGCAGAGAGGCUUUAUCGCCUCCUCACCUGAUGAGGUUGCUCUGGUCAAGGGUGCCAUGAGGUAUGGCUUCACAUUUCUAGGUUUUGAAAGUAAAACCAUGAAGAUUCUCACCAGGAACAAUGAUAUUGAAAUGUAUGAACUACUUCACGUGUUGAACUUUGACCCAGUGAGAAGGCGAAUGAGUGUAAUAGUCAGAUCCAAAUCAGGUGAUACAUUGCUCUUCUGUAAGGGAGCGGACUCCUCCAUCUUUCCUCGCGUCAGACAGGAGGAGGUUGAAAGGAUACGCAUGCAUGUGGAGCGUAAUGCAACAGAGGGCUACCGGACACUGUGUGUGGCCUACAAAUAUCUCAGUGCAGAGGAGUACGCCCAGGCAGAUGCAGAAUUGAGGGAAGCUAGAUUGGCUCUGCAGGACAGAGAGGAGAAGCUCAUGUCUGUUUACAACCAAGUGGAGACAGGCAUGAGUCUCAUAGGAGCUACUGCUGUAGAAGACCGGCUUCAAGAGGAGGCAGCCGAGACCAUGGAGGCUCUGCAGGGUGCAGGCAUUAAGGUUUGGGUCCUGACGGGGGACAAGAUGGAGACGGCAAAGUCCACCUGCUAUGCUUGUAGAUUGUUCCAGAGAAAUACAGAGCUUUUGGAGCUGACCGUCCGUACUCUGGAGGAUGGAGGGAGGAGGCGUGAGGAACGACUGCAUGAGCUCUUGCUUGAAUACCACAAGAAAGCCGUACAGGAUGCACCACCCGUUAAGGCAGGAGUCACCAGGACCUGGUCUUCAGCAAACCAGGACUACGGCUUCAUCAUAGAUGGAGCCACUCUGUCGAUGGUGCUCAACUCCUCCUCAGAAUCCAACUCAAGUCGCUACAAGAGCCUGUUCCUGCAAAUUUGUCAAAACUGCACAUCUGUGCUCUGCUGUCGCAUGGCUCCUCUACAAAAGGCGCAGAUAGUUAAAAUGGUGAAACACUCUAAAGGCAGCCCAAUCACCCUCUCCAUUGGAGAUGGUGCCAAUGAUGUCAGCAUGAUUUUAGAAGCUCAUGUUGGGAUUGGUAUUAAGGGUAAAGAGGGUCGGCAGGCAGUGAGGAACAGUGAUUAUGCCAUCCCCAAACUCAAGCACCUCAAGAAACUUCUGUUGGCUCAUGGGCAUCUCUACUAUGUUCGCAUUGCCCACCUGGUGCAAUAUUUCUUUUACAAGAACCUUUGCUUCAUCUUACCUCAGUUCUUGUACCAGUUCUUCUGUGGCUACUCCCAGCAACCCCUGUAUGACGCGGCCUAUCUGACGAUGUACAACAUCUGCUUCACCUCUAUGCCCAUCCUGGCUUACAGCCUCUUGGAGCAGCACAUCUGCAUUGAGGUUCUGCUGGACAAUGCCACCCUCUACAGAGGGAUUGCUAAGAACGGCAUGUUACAGUGGGGACCGUUCCUCUACUGGACUCUACUCGGAGUCUUCCACGGCUUGCUCUUCUUCUUUGGUGUUCGAUAUUUGUUCAGUAACCCAGCACUGCAGGAUAAUGGCCAGGUUUUUGGCAACUGGUCAUAUGGAACAAUUGUCUUCACUGUCCUCGUCUUCACCGUCACACUAAAGCUCGCUCUGGACACACGGCACUGGACCUGGAUCAACCACUUUGUAAUCUGGGGCUCCCUGGCCUUCUACGUGUUUUUCAGCUUCUUCUGGGGAGGAAUAAUAUGGCCUUUCCUGAAGCAGCAACGUUUGUACUUUGUGUUUGCCAACAUGCUGAGCUCAGUGUCAGCCUGGCUGGUCAUCAUCUUGCUCAUCCUGCUCAGCCUACUGCCAGAGAUCCUGCUUGUGGUGUUCCGCAAACCCCGCGGGCCCCACGCUCGACAGAAGCCGGUUCAGUCGAGCGCGGGGGGCUACCAGUCUCCCCGGUCUUCAGCCAGGCCCUUGCUCAUGAGAACCUUUUCAGAUGAGUCCAAUACUGUCAUUUAAACAGGUACCAGCCCACCUUCAGGCCAUUUAAGCCAAUCAAAGACUCACUCCCCCAGCCAACCUCUCCAGCUUUUCUGGUUCCCUAACUCUGAGUUUUAACAAGAGAAUCAAAGGCAUCCAGGCUACAUUCAACAUGACCCACUGUGCUCGUUUGUGUUGUGUGCGAGCUGAUAUUGGCCGGCUGAAGCGAUGCACUUUUCCCACGUCAGACUGGAGACAUUUCUUUGUUGAAAUGGAAUGCAUGUGAAUGCAUCUCUCGGCGUGAUGUUGCAAAACCUUAAAAACAUGCUCCUUUCAGCCUCCCUUUGGAAGCCCCGCUUGUAUAUUACCUUCUGCAUGUGCAAGUUGAUUUCAGUCCAUCUCAUCUUCUUUUGUGUGCGAGGUGAAGUUUGCUUGGAUUUUCUUAGCUGACCGUGUGAAACAACAGAGCUGGUCUGUGAUUGUAACUUCCCUCAGUCUGACAUUCAUGUACCGUUGCGGGUUUGAUCACGGUCGCUUCGUCCUGUGUGCACGUGCAAAACCGUCUGCUUACUUUCCUGUCAAACAGAUUGAUGCAUUUGUGUGAGUGCUAUGCUUAAUUCACUGCAUGACGUGACAACCGCAGACAUUGGUGCUGCAUUACAUAAAGAGGGUGACAACAAAAUGAACGGAAACAUCGCAUGAUUACAUUUUGUCGAUGUAUUUGUACAAGGUAAAUAUGGAAAACCUAAAUAAAUAACACAUUAUAGAAUAAAUAAAAUAAGGACAAAGUAUGAAAUUCUGAAAUGAUCCAAUACAUUACAAAAAUGUCUCCCCCCCCAUAAUUUUUUCACUUUCUUUACUCAUUAGCUGACAGUAGAGAUGUAAGGCUGCACUAUCGAGACCACAGGAGGUGUCGGGAGGUGAAAGGAAAUCUCUCGACACCUUUUUUGGCACUUGAUUAAAUGUCUAGGUGUUUUCAUUGUUUUGUCCACCCCCUGUUGGUAGGUGUGAGUGUUGCACCUUCCCAUCACUGUUGACCAGGGUCACCGAUAUCUGUUGCUUUUCUUCAGCACCAGGCGACUUUUGCAACAGCUUUCACUGUUUAACCUGCAUUUCUAUUCUCCCAAUAGCUGUCAGAGGGCGGCCUCCUACAAACGUCCAGGUAAACUUCAGUGACUCAAACCUAACUUUAAUUUUCUGUGUCUCUUCAAUGUCCCCGCUGAGCUUCAACAAGAUCAGUAGGCUUGGAUGAAACAAGGAGCAUUUCCUUUACUAAUUUCUGCUUGUCUCUGGUGGCGGGGAGCGUGUCAUUUCAGUGUGUUUUUACGUGUCGUGGUGCGUGGCCAAUCGCCGCCUAUUCUUUUUUUGAUUGAUGGUUGUUGGUGAUUUCAAGGUGUCUCGUCUUCUCCCUCUUGUUGGCACCAGCUCAUGAUGAGAACAUUGAAGUGAAAUCUGUCUGCUUGUGCUCUUCCAGAUUGCGGCAGUCACACCACUAUCCUACAAGCACCUGAAGGAGCGCCAGUAAAAGGCAGCGGAGCAUCUGCCACUUUCAGGGUCCCGUACCAGUCGGGUCAGAGCCGACUGCCAUCAUGCUCGAUCUGAAAAGAAGAGGAUGGGAAAAAAUAAGAAGAAGAUGAGAGAUGAAUGGGGGGGGGGGGGUGGGGACGGAUAAAAAAGGGGUUUAGCGGUCUUUGCUCCGUCCUUCUCCGCCCAAUCCCAAUCCCAAUAGCUCCCAACCCCCCAACGCAUGCCUGCAGAGCAGUGCCCUGCAUUAUUUUUAAAAAAUAUCUACUCAGAUGACGGGCAUGAAUUUUCUUUCUUUGACUUUUUUUGUUUUUUAAUACUAGCUUAUAAAUGAAUGCUUACACGGCUGCCUUGUCAGUAGCUCUAUCCAACUGCUGUGUUUUAACAAGCAGUCGUAAUAAUAUCCACUCCAAGAAUGGUUCACCUGCAUGAAAGACGGCUCUCAAGAAAGCUUCACUCCACUGAUGUUCAGUCACUGUAUCCUGCUCAGCUUUUAAUUCAGACCUGACGAUCUCGUAGUCUGCAACGGUUACACUUUGAAAGGUUAUUCCACUUUAUAGUUAUUACGCUUUUCCAACGGUUAUUCAUUAAAUAGUUAUAUGUUUCAGAGAUUACACUCAUCCACGGGUCCAAAUACUUCAUGAUGAGAAGUAACUGACGGUUUUCUGGUUUAAAGAUUAUUAUAUAAAGAUUAUAUUGUUAUUGGCAUGUUGUUAUAAGAGGAGUUAACCGAGGCCAUAUUACCACUCAAUCCAAAAAGUGUGUGUGUAUGCAAGAUUGAGAGAUAUAGAUUAGAGAUGUUAAGCAAUCUAAAAUUGCUCGGAGAAUGACCUAAAUCUUCCGACCUCAGAGAUAAUUUAAGACUCAAUUUAAGAUGAGAAAAAUUAAUAUAUGUGCUGUACUGUGUAUAUAUAUAUAUUUAUAUAUAUAUAUAUAUAGAUAGAUAUAGUUUAGAGAUGUAUCCGCUCAAAGCCAAAAAGAUGAACGUAAUGCGAUCCGAUUCUGUCCACACUAUUGUGACCUGAAAGUGACAAGUCAGCGCGUGUGUGUGUGUGUGUGUGUGUGUGUGUGUUACAGAAGUGCGCGCUGGGUGAGAGAAGCCAGACGCGCCCGUGCUUCAUGAAAACCAGGAUUACUUGAACCUCGUUGAUGUAGUUUGCUUAGACAUUUCCUGCACUAUUAAGGAAGCUGGUUUCUUCAUUGCGUGGAUGGUAACUAAGGCACAUGAAUAUAUGCCUGAGGACACACACAUAGAUAUAUAUAGACGAGAACAACACACACGCAGUAACCGUACACGUAAAUGCGCACAUGCACUAAAGCCUAAAUGAGGAUAUUUAUGUUCAUCACCCAUUAUCUAGUUUGCAUCAUUUUUCUCAAGCAGGCUGAAGUUGGGAGUGUAAAGAAAAUCAACUCCAGACCUGCAGAGUCAACAUAGUUCAUACAUAGCAUCCAUGCUCCGUCUCCUUCCUUCUGUCUGUGGUCAGGUUUUGUGACUGACAGGAGGACGGAGUGGACCGCUUUGUUCCUUUAACUUCUGGUUUGUACCGCUUCAUACAUUCCAUUUAAACAUGCCAUGACAUCAAACACUUUUAGAUACGGUUUCUGAAUGACUGUUUUUUUUGUUCUCUUGUUUUUUUCCACAAACUUGUAUUGUCUAUUUUUGGCAUAUUUAUUGUUACGUGUACUUUUACUCACAAAUGUUAUACUUUUAUUGCAUCAAUCUUUUUUUUUUGCAUUGUGGAAGGGGUCAGCUGAGUUUGUCUGUGUUACUCCAGCCUUGAUGUGAGCCUGUGCCAAUCCCUUUUAACAGUCUUUGUCAUACAUGCAGAGACAGGCAGCCCCCCCCCCCCCCCCCUCCCCAACACACUCCAAAUAUCCAGAGUCAAACUCUGAACCAAUGUCACUCCUUUUACCAAUUUAAGAUUGAUGUCACUAAUGAAAUCUGUCAGUAUGAGGAUGUUCUAAUGUACUACUACACUGAGUCCUGCUCAAACGAUAACUCCAGUACAGUACUCUGUAGUGCUGGCUUUGUGUUUCACCCCCACUGACUGCAGCCUGACACAUCUGAUACAGUGCAUCUGCACAGUGGCAGUCAUAAUGCCAAAUAGAAAAUUGAAUUAAUGUUGAUUUUGUUUUUAACAAAUGGAAACAUGUACAUGCCUUUCAUUGUCAUGUUCCACUAAGACGGCUUGUUUAAAUUUUUUGGAUGCCAGGCUGUUUAUUACUCUGUGACAUGUCACGUCCAGACUGCACUGUGCCGGAUGUAAGAGGACACGCUGAGAGGGGCUGCCUGCUUCGUUUAAAAAAAAAAAAAAAAAAACAACCUUUAAGUGACAUCAGAGAUGCUAUUUUCAGAGCUUAAAAAUAUCUUGGAAUCUAACGUUUUGCCUGUCUAAAUGAAAAGUAUAAAAUAAUGGAUUGUAUUUUUAAUGCAACCUUUUUCCAGCCACUUUUGUAAGAAAAAAAAAAAAAUGUCAGGAAAAAAAAAAAAAAAGAAGCACGAGAGGCUCUGCGGUUGUGGACGCUGCCCC